AUGGCAAGCAGAGGAUUUGAAUUCCUGUCAUCAAUUCCUGUCACGUUUGGAUCUUCGGCUUCUGUGCCACCAACACCUCUCUUCGGCGUCACUGAGACUAGGGCUUACGUGCCUAGGCCUCUGAUCGCUUACGCACCCACUUCUUUCUUCCCCGGCACUGCGGCUUGCGCGCCUACGCCUUUCUUCGGUGGCCCUCCGGCUUACGCGCCUGCGCCUUUCUUCGGCGGCAGUGCAGCUUACAUGCCUACGCCUCUCUUUGGCGCCAGUACUAUGGUUCGCCCGCCUAAGCCUUUCUUUCCAAUCCCCGCGCAAUCUUGUGCACGGGAUGUGAACGUGUCUUUCAGCACUCCGGGCACAGUAUUUCCUACACCACCCACUUCUUUCAACACCCCGGCGGGAAAUUCUAGUUCGACUUUUGUUACUCCGGCCACUUCAGUUCCUUUUGGAACCUCAGCGACUCAAUCCUCCUCUGCAUCUCAACAGUCACUUGCGUUUUGCAAUUUUGAUCCGUCUUCUUCAACCACCGGUGCAACUACAAUUACAAUUCCUUUGUCUGGUGAAGCGACUGCGCUAGCACAGACCACUACUUCUGAUGCUGUAAACAUGCCAUUUUCAUCAGGACCAGCUUCCACUACCAAUUCUGCUGCAUAUCCCCAUUUGACCUUAUCGUCUUCAGAGGCAUAUGUAACAACACCUGCACCUUCAGUAAUUGCUAACAUUCGAGAGUGCGAUGGGUCAAUGGAAGUAGCGUGCCAAUUUGUUCACAGUUUGGAUCUUAUGGAAGACAUAUAUGCAGAGAGGGAUCAGCUUUAUGAGAGAGUAGCAAGGGCAGAGGUUGAGAGAGAUGAGGCCCUAAUUGAGAGAGAUGAGGCCCUAAUUGAGAGAGACCAAGCUCAAGCAGAUCGGGAUAGUCUGCAGGUCCAACCUGAUGAGGCCCGAGAGAGGGGGAGACAAAUGCAGAUACAGGUGCAACAACUAUGUGCUAAGAUAGAUGCACUCAAAGUAGAGGUGCAACAACUACAUGCUAAGAUAGAUGCACUCAAAGUAGAGCAUAUUAUCUAG